AUCUAUGAACAAACUCUGGAGGAAAACGCUAGCUCUGAACCGGACAUCUAUCGAUCCAUCGACUGUCGAACUGUUGCUAGGCGUACACCGAUAAAUAUGCCGUUUCUCGAUUUGCAGAGCAAUUUACCAGCGAGUUCUUUCCACGAAGAGUUCCUGAAAAAGCUGUGUUCAUUUGCUGCGGGUGUUUUGGGAAAGCCUGAUGAUAGAAUGAACUUGAUGGUGAAGCCAGGGUUACCAAUGUGGAUAGCAGGCUCAGGCUCUCCCUGCGUGGUGCUAUCGAUUUCUGCUAUUGGGGUAACAGACACUGCUGACAAGAAUAAGGAGCACAGUGCUAAGCUCUUUGGGUUUCUGACUAAAGAGCUUCCUCUAACUGAAGACAGGAUUGUUCUUCAGUUCCACAAUUUGGAGCCUCACCAGGUUGGGAAGAAGGGAACAGUGAUGAGCUUCCUGUAAAACAUUCCAAAAAAAUGUGUAGAAAAAAAAAUAAAGUUUCAAACAUCUUUAAAUUUCCAGAGUUUUACUUCUUUUUUU